AUGCAUCCUUCGUUUAAUAGCCCGUCCAGAAGACACAAUCCUUUUUCCCGGAGCUCUCCUUCACCUUCUCCAGCUCCUCCAGAUGCGGCCCCCAGAGUGUCUGGCCGACCAAAGUCAGUUACGUUCACAUCACCUGUGCAGACGUAUGCGUCGGGACAUGUACGAAAUGGCUCCUUGACUCCAUUAAAUCCUACUCCUAUUAUCAACGGCAUGAACAGACAACGAUCCAACUCAGCACGACACACCUCCGAAUACUCAAACACCUUUGCUCCAAAGUUCAUAAAAUCAGAAGAGCUACGGAGAGGGGCAGAUCAGAUUAGGGGCGAAGAAGGUGAUAAUGACUUUUCUGGGAAAAGAUACGUGUGGCUUAAAGAUCCCGAACGAGCGUUCAUCCGGGGCACUGUUGUUCGAGAAACCGAGGGUGGCCUCCUGGUCGUGCAAUGUGACGAUGGGCGCCAGGUUGAAGUUGACCCGGAGGGCGUUGAUAAAGUUAACCCUCCAAAGUUCGAUAAGGCCGACGACAUGGCUGAGCUUACCCAUUUAAAUGAGGGCUCCGUUGUUCAUAAUCUGCACACUCGGUACCAGGCUGACUUGAUUUACACUUACUCUGGGCUUUUCUUGGUGACCGUGAAUCCGUACUGCCCUUUGCCUAUAUACUCCAAUGAAUAUGUCAAAAUGUAUAAAGGCCAAAGCCGAGAAGACACACGACCACAUAUAUUUGCAAUGGCAGAUGAAGCCUUUCGCAAUCUUGUAGAAGAGGGCGAGAACCAGAGCAUCCUUGUUACUGGUGAAUCCGGUGCUGGAAAGACAGAAAACACAAAGAAGGUUAUUCAAUACCUGGCCGCUGUUGCACCCGGUGAUGCCCAGGGAAAGCCGUCAUCUAAACAACUAGGGGAUCUCUCGCAACAAAUAUUGAGAGCUAAUCCCAUACUUGAAGCAUUCGGAAAUGCCCAGACAGUGCGCAAUAACAAUUCGUCACGGUUCGGAAAGUUCAUUCGUAUAGAGUUCUCUCGCACCGGCCAGAUAUGCGGAGCCUUCAUUGAUUGGUACUUGCUUGAAAAGUCCCGAGUUGUCAAGCUCAAUUCCCAGGAGCGAAGUUAUCACAUCUUUUAUCAGCUACUCCAUGGAGCCAGCAAAGAGUUACGUGAGCAGCUGCACCUCUCGAAUCUCGAUAUCCAGGACUUUGCAUACACAAAAGACGGAAAUGAUACCAUAGCAGGUGUCUCCGACGAAGAUGAGUGGGACACUCUCAUCGAAGCCUUUGAUACGAUGAAGUUUGAAGAAGAGGACCAGCUUGCGAUAUUGCGCACAAUUGCUGCAGUUCUACAUCUAGGGAACAUCACGGUUGGCAAGGAGAGUCUACGUGCAGACCAAGCUAAGCUCACCCAAGAUGAUACUGAGAGUGUCGUGCAUGCUUGUCAUCUCCUAGGAAUACCUCUCGAGCCUUUUGUUAAGGGAUUGCUUCAUCCUCGAGUAAAGGCUGGGCGAGAAUGGGUUGAAAAGGUCCAGACACCCGAGCAAGUACGUUUCGCGAUAGAUUCUCUCGCAAAGGGUAUAUAUGAACGAGGAUUUGGUGACUUAGUCAACAGGAUCAAUCACCAGUUAGACCGUAGCAGAAUCAGCUGCGAAGAGACCUACUUCAUCGGCGUCCUUGACAUCGCAGGUUUCGAAAUUUUUGGAACAAAUAGCUUUGAACAACUCUGCAUCAAUUACACCAACGAAAAAUUGCAGCAAUUUUUCAACCACCAUAUGUUUGUUCUGGAACAGGAGGAAUACUCUAGGGAGCAAAUUGAAUGGCAAUUCAUCGAUUUCGGGAAAGACCUUCAACCAACAAUCGACCUUAUUGAGUUGUCGAAUCCGAUUGGUAUAUUCUCAUGCCUUGACGAGGAUUCGGUGAUGCCAAAGGCUACAGACAAUACAUUUACUGAAAAGCUUCAUUCUUUAUGGGACCGAAAGUCUCCAAAAUAUCGGGCCUCACGACUCAGCCAAGGUUUCAUCCUCACUCACUAUGCUGCAGAGGUAGAAUAUAACACGGAGAAUUGGCUUGAAAAAAAUAAGGACCCCCUCAAUGACAACGUAACACGGCUGUUGUCCAAAUCCAAUGACCCGCAUGUUGCUAACUUAUUCGCUGAUUAUGCUGACGAUGUAUCCAAUGGAACCCGGAGUGUUGUCAAAAAGGGCCUUUUCCGAACUGUCGCUCAGAGACAUAAGGAGCAGCUAUCAAGCUUGAUGGCCCAGCUACAUUCAACUCAUCCCCAUUUCGUUCGCUGCAUUCUGCCAAAUAACAAGAAACGACCAAAACUCUUCAAUGGUCCACUUGUUUUGGAUCAACUACGAUGUAAUGGCGUACUUGAAGGUAUUAGAAUUGCUCGAACUGGUUUCCCUAAUCGGUUAACGUUCAAUGAAUUCCGCCAAAGAUACGAAGUUCUGUGCCGUGGCAUGCCCAAAGGCUACUUGGACGGGCAGAUGGCUGUGACAUAUAUGGUCGACAAGCUGGGUCUUGACAAGUCACUAUUCAGAGUCGGGUUGACAAAAAUAUUUUUCAGGGCUGGGGUAUUAGCAGAGUUGGAAGAGCAACGUGAUACCCUGAUUCGUGAAAUCAUGAGGCAAUUCCAGUCGUUGGCUCGUGGCUUCAUUCAAAGACAUAUUGCACACAAACGACUAUACCGCACAGAGGCUACUCGAAUCAUUCAGCGCAACUUUCACCUCUAUCUUAACUUGAAAUCAUCCCCAUGGUGGAGAUUGUUUGCGACAAUGAAGCCACUCCUUGGAGAGACUCGUACAGCCGGAGAAGUCAAGAAGCGUGACGAGAAAAUCCAGCAGCUUGAAGCGAAGGCUCAACAAGACAUAGCUGAAAAACAGAGAAUAGAAGAAGAAAGGCGCAAGAUAGAAACAGAGAUGCAGAGGAUCAGGAAAACCCUUGAGAGUGAACGCUCCCUUGCAUUAGACAAGGAAGAGAUAUUCAAACGGUUACAACUCAGAGAAGUUGAACUGAGUGAGAAGCUGGCUGGGGCAAUCGCUGAUCAGGAAAGCCUAGAAGAUCAGCUAGACGAACUGAUUGCAGCAAAGAAAAAAAUAGAACAUGAACUAGACCUACGACGAGGUCAACUUGAACAGGCUGCGCAAAUAAUGGAGAGGCUUGAGGGUGAAAAGAAGGAGCUGCAAGAACGUAUUUCGGAUAUGGAGAAAAAACUGAAAUCUGUCGAAUCAACACACGGCGAGUACGAUGAGAAGAUUGAGGCCCUGAACCAGGAGAUCAAUACCCUCAACAGUCACCUGGCUAUGAAGGACAAGAAACUUCAGGACUUGGAAGCAAAGCUUUUGUCUUCCGACCAACAACUCGACCUCGAAUUAGCAAACACCACCAAAGAGUUAGAAGGAUCCAAAAAGCAAAUUAAGCAAUUGCUUGAGGAAAAUCGUGAAAUUCAAAGGCAGAUUGUUGAUUUGUCAUCGACCUCUACGGGUUAUGAGGAAUUAGUCCGGCGUAAAGAGGGCGAGGUCGCGAUUCUCAAAGCUGAUUUGAAAAAGUAUGAGUUCGAAAAACGAAGCCUCGAAACAGAAAAAAGGGGGUUGUCGGAUCGACAUGAUGACAUGCAGCGAAGAAUAAGUGACCUACAGGCUGAAAUAGAUACCACGAAGCUCGAAAAGGCGAACUUUGAACGCGAGGCGCUUGACGCUAGGAAGCUCCUUGAAGAGAAGCUAUCCGAAGAUGCCGAAUCAGCUCAGGGUAGGAAGAUGCUUGACAAGCAGGUCCAAGAUCUCAAGACUCAACUCUAUCAGACCCAAGCAGAGCUCAGUCGAGUACAGCAGUCGAGAGAUGAUGUUCAGAUGCUCUCAGAACACAAGUUUGCACAAUUGAAGGAGGAGUUUGAUAUUCUCAAUGAAGCCAAGAUUACUAUUGAGAAAGAGAUGUAUAUCCAGCAGGAUACUCUUCGCAGGGCAAAGGAAGCUCGAGCCGCUGCAGAAGAAUCUCGCAAGCAACUCCAAGGAGAAGUCAUCAAACUGCGGGAUCGAAUUACAAAAAUCGAGGAAUCUCGCCUAAAUGCAGAGAACACCUUUGCAAAUAAGAUGACUGCGCAGGCAACUGAGAGGCUAGCUAAACUUCAGGCCGAGCUAAACGAAAAAUCGAAGGCACUCAAUGAUGCUGAGGCAGGACAUGCCCGCCUAAGCUCUCAAGUUCAAAACCUGAGUAACCUGAUUGCAGAGUCUGAAAAUUUCCGCACCCAGAAUGAUCAACACAAGGAACGGCUAGAGCGAGAACUCGUUACUGUUAAGGGCAGACUCGCCGCUUCUGAAAAUGAUAACAGGGCUCUUUUGAACAAAGUCCAGCAAAAGAACCUCGAUAUCGCACGGUCUAAUUCAAGGGCUGGUGAUACCCAAAGAGCUCGGUUGGCGCAGCUUCAAACCGAAAAAUCUCGCCUGGAAGAAUCAAAUAAACAACUUACUCGCCAGCUUGGAGAUGCUCAGCUAUCGAUAACUUCGCUCGAGAAGCAAAAGGAGAAACUUGCUUUGAGUGCAGAGGACCUGAACCACGAAGUUGCACGCGAACAUAAAGCUAGCCGUAAUGCAGAAAAGACUGCUGCCACGGCACAGUUACAAUUAGCAGAAGCAAACAGAAACCUCGAGACGGAACGGCAGCUUAGAACCCAGGCACAGGCAAAUACCAAGAAGCUCCAGGCAUCAAUGGAUCGGAUGAACUCGGAGCUAGAAGAUUGUCAUCAGCAACUUAUAUUGCUCCACAAAGUAUUCGAUCCUGAUGAUACAUCGGCAACCGAGAAAUCGUGGGAGACAAUAAAACCCGACCUUUCCAAAAAGGUUGAUAUGGCUGCUCUGUUAGAGACUGCCCACAAUGACCUUCGAAUCAGUGAAGAAAAGCGUUCGAGGGCUGAGAAUCAACUGAACGAGAUGCGACGCCGGCACGCAGAUGAAAUGAAUGAGCUUGAUGCUCGCUACUCUUCGUCGAAGCGUGCCCUUCUCGAAGAAAUUGAUCAAAACCAGGUGGCUAAUACAAGGUCUCCUGGGCACUUCAGGAAGAAUUCGGAGCCUAAUAAGCGGUUUUCCAACCCUUCAACCCCCAACCGUCGAUAUAACAAUUUCGUAGAUGGAGUUGGUGACUCUGGACGGUCAGAUAGAACUGUCGAUACUGUCACAUUCCAGAAACGAAUGGAUCAAGCUGCAGAAAUAGAGAGCCUUCAGAAUCAACUGCAGCUUGCUGAAAUGCAUAACCGCCACCUCCAGAGUCAGGUUGAUAGAGCUACUCCAGCUCGAGACAUAUGGCAAGAUGAGAGUCCAUCUAUCCGACGCAUGCAGAUUCUUGAACGUGAAAACGGUCGUCUCCACGAGAAGCUAGAUGAUUCUGCUAAGAAGGUUUCAGCCCUAGAAAAGAGUAUUCAAUCUGGCGAGUUGAGCCUCCGUGAUGUACAGGCGAAAUCCCAUGAGGAAUUGUACGAUCUUCUCAGUUCCCAGGAGCAGUCCCGACGGUCUCUCCUCCAAGUUCAUAAGUCUGCACUAGCCGAUCUCGCCCACGCAAAGACGGAAUUUGAAAAGCUCAAGCACGCAAGAGCUGCUAUGGAAGUCGAGCUACGAGACACUAGAUCAGAGCUUCAAGAGCUACAGCUUGCACGAGAGCAUGACACCGCUAGCCGAAGCCAACUACUCCAAGAGUUCUCAGACCUCCAGAUCAGAUUGGAUGCUGAGACAUCCAAGGCCAUUGAUGCCGACUCGAGUUUGAGUCUGUACAAGAGCCGCGCCAAUGAAUAUUUCAGCAAGUUGGAGCAGGCAGAAAUUGCUGUUUUGAAGGCUACCCGCGCUGAACAGUUUGCCAAAGCACAAGCCAAAGAGGCAGAAGAAACCUGCGCUAAUAUCAUGGCUGAAAGGAAACAAACCGAUAACCUCAUUGAGGAUCUGCAGCGACAAGCACAGUCUCAUGAAGAAAGGAUUGAGGAUCUCUCAGCUGACCUUGAGGCUGCAUUACAAGCGAAGAAGCGCCUCCAACACGAGCUCGAAGAUUAUCGAAGUCAGCGGGCUAUGGAUAUCGAAGACAAAGAAGCUUCCAUGGAGCAAACGAGGAAGAAGUACCAAAUGGAAUGCUCGACGCUUACGAGCGAGCUUGAAAUAGAACGCGAGAAUGUUCUCCAUAUUCGAGGUGAAAAUGCACGCUUGAAGGAAGAGCUCGAGGAACUUCGAUCCAAGUGGGACGAUGAAGUUCUCAAUAGUUCAACCUGGUCCAAGGAAAAAUCCAGAAUAGAAAUGACCCUUCAGGAUAUCACAGCUUCCAGAGAUGACGCCGUCAAGGCCCACAACGAAGCCCAGAGUAAGGUAGUUACCUUGUUAAAUCAAGUUCGCACACUUCGCACUUCUGUGGAUGAUAUCUCAGCCGAGCGUGAUAUGCUCCUCAAGGAGAAACGCGGUCUCGAAUCCAGACUCGCUGAAGCAGGAGACCGGCUGGAAGACCUUGCCAAGGGCGAAAGCCCAAUGCGGAAUGCCGCUGGUAUGGACCGUGAAAUUCUCGAGCUGAAGUCGCAGCUUGCCCAACAAGAGGAUCUUGCAUCCGCUGCCGUUGGUAAGAUGCGAAGGGCCGAAGCACUUGCUACGGAAGUGCAGAAGGAAAUUGUAGCUCAACGGGAGUCAACAGCUCAACUCUUCAAGGAUAAGGCUGCACUCGAGAAACAAUUCAAGGAAGUUCAGCUUCGAUGCGUUGACCUUGAAACUAAAGGAUAUUCAUCCUCGAGCCAGGAUGUCAGGUUCCUCAAUAAACGAAUCCAGGAACUUGAAACUCAACUAGAAGAACAGGAGUCGAAGCGUAAUGCGGAGCAGAGAUCUGUUCGCAAUGUGGAUAGGACGGUUAAAGACCUUCAGACACAGAUUGAAAGAAGAGAAAAGGUUAACAGCCAACUUACGGAGGACAUUGGAAAAUCGCGAGAAAGAAUUGAGCGACUUCUUCAAACGAUCGAAGAACUCCAGACCAGCGACUCUGAGAACCAGCUUCAGGCUCGCCGUGCUGAACGAGAGCUCCGCGAAGAACGUGAAAAAUCCCUUCGCCUUGAAAGGGAAUUAGAAGGAUGGAAAUCACUCCGCCUUGAAAGGGGGAGUAUGAAAGGCCCAGGUUACGGAGGAGUGAGCGAGAUGGGCGACAGGUAUAGCCGUCGAGGAAGUGGCGUAUAUGUCGGUUCAGGUAUCGAACUUCCCCAACGGAAAUUGAGCAACAGCAAAGGGUUCUUGUAG